AUGUAUUCUUUUGCCGCCUACAUCCUCGGGUUUACUGGCGAUACGUGGCUCAGCGGUGAAAACGACUCGGUGAUCCGACCUCCUGACAGAAGCUUUGUGCCUCAGCUUAGCGGGGACACAACCGACUUGUCAGAGUUGUUUGGGUUCUCUUUGGCCCCGCACAGGUGCACGGAGUCAAAGUAUUACACGCCGGUGCCAGGCCAACAUGCUCCAACUGGAAACACAGAAACGUUUGAGGACAAGAAAGCCGAGUUUGUGGAUGGAGAGAACUCCACCCAGAAAGUCUCCUCCUCCUCCUCCGUGUCUCACCCCUCCUCCGCCGUGUGUUUCAGCUCCAGACCGGGCCGACCUCCAAAGAGGACCCAGAGUGUGACUUCGCCGGAGAACCCCCACAUCAUGCCCCACUCGGUCCCCGGCCUCAUGUCCCCCGGCAUGAUCCCACCCACAGGCCUGACAGCGGCAGCGGCAGCAGCUGCCAACGCAGCCAUCGCCGAGGCCAUGAAGGUCAAAAAGAUCAAGCUGGAGGCGAUGAGCGGCUACCACGGCAACGCCAACCACCACGACGGAGAGAACGGAGACCUCGGCUCGAGCGUCGGUGAGGAGGGGAAAUGGAUGUUGCAAACGGUUCAAUGUGCAAACACACGCAAUGGGAUAUUAAUGCAUUCAUAUCUGCUUUUUGACACACACACACGGGAUUCAAAGACCAAAGUGUAA